AUGGGCAACAGUCUUUUAUGGGAUUUGUUCAAGAACCCAAGGGGGAUUUUCAAGAAAGAUGAAUUGGGUCUUGAGAUAGCUCGAAUUGCCUUACCCGCGGCCCUGGCUCUAGCUGCUGACCCCAUUGCCUCUCUUGUUGAUACUGCCUUUAUUGGCCAUAUAGGUCCUGUGGAGCUUGCUGCCGUUGGAAUUUCUAUUGCUAUCAUGAAUCAAGCAUCGAAAAUCGCAAUUUUUCCACUCGUCAGCGUGACUACUUCUUUUGUGGCAGAGGAAAAUGCUAAAGGGCGUUCCUCAGGUGAAUGUGAGGGCAUUGAACUAGUCGAGGAACAAGCUGCACUGAAUAGCGAAAAGAAACAUUUGGUGCCUAAAACCGUUGAUUGUGAAGAGAUUGAUGAUAUAGGGGUUUCCAAAAAACAUAUUCCAUCAGCUUCAUCGGCUUUGAUUAUCGGGGGUGCCCUUGGCCUCAUCCAAGCUGUUACCCUCAUUUGCACUGCAAAACCUCUGUUAAGUUACAUGGGGGUGAAAACGGAUUCUCCAAUGCUGAAACCGGCACUGAGAUACUUAACAUUGAGGUCACUUGGAGCUCCGGCUGUCCUUCUCUCUUUGGCCGUGCAAGGUGUUUUUCGAGGGCUAAAGGACACAAAAACUCCUUUAUAUGCAACUGUGGUUGGUGAUUUGGCGAAUAUCAUAUUGGAUCCAAUAUUCAUCUUCCUACUCGAUUUAGGUGUAAGUGGUGCAGCAAUCGCUCAUGUUAUAUCUCAGUACUUGAUUUCCUUAAUGCUCAUGUGGAAAUUGAUGGAGCAAGUCAGUCUUUUACCACCAUCGAUCAAAGACCUGCAACUUUCUCAGUUUCUCAAGAACGGAUUUGUGCUGAUACUCAGAACCAUAGCUGCAACCUUUUGUGUAACUUUAGCGGCUUCAUUAGCCGCGAAAAUGGGGCCUACAUUCAUGGCCGCUUUCCAAAUCUGCAUGCAGAUUUGGUUAGCGGCCUCUUUACUAGCUGAUGGUUUAGCUGUGGCUGCCCAAGCGAUUUUGGCCAAUGCGUUUGCAAGGCACGAUUAUGAAAAGGUCGUUCUUACAACUUUUCGCGUAUUACAGUUGGGUGUAGUUCUUGGUCUCGUUCUCUGUACUUUUGUUGCUAUUACAUUGCAAUUUUCAUCAGAACUCUUCACGACCGAUACAAAUGUUCUUCGCCUCGUAAAAUUAGGCAUCCCGUUUGUGGCCUUGACUCAACCGGUCAACUCACUGGCUUUCGUUAUCGACGGAUUGAAUUAUGGAGCAUCGGAUUUUUGUUAUUCUGCUUACUCAAUGGUUUUGGUCUCAUUUAUAAGUGUCGUGUGCUUGUUCUUACUUUCGUCGACUAACGGUUUUGUCGGUAUAUGGUUCGCGUUAUCCAUUUUCAUGAGUUUACGAGCAGUGGCUGGAUUUUUAAGGAUAGGGACAAGAAGAGGACCAUGGAGCUUUUAUUCUGGCUGA